GGAAUUUUUGUGUUAAAAUACAACAAAUUCCCAAACCCAAUCUAUAAAAACCCUAACCCUUCUCAUAAUUCUUCACAAGCCAUCGCACAAACCUACAAACCCUUCAAUAUCUCUCCACCAAUGGCUUCCAAGCUCUCUUCACCCAUUGCCCUCCUCCUCCUCGUCAACCUCCUCUUCUUCACUAUAGUCAGCUCCACGUAUGUCCCUUGCCCACCGCCGCCACCCAAGCCCCACAAGCCCACCCCUUCAUGGCAGCCACCAUCACUCCUCAAGUGCCCCAAGGACACCCUAAAGCUCGGCGUUUGCGCCUACUUGCUAGACGGUCUAGUGCACGUAGUGAUCGGUUCACCACCAAAAUCCCCAUGUUGCACCCUAAUCCAAGGCCUUGUUGACUUGGAAGCUGCUGUGUGCCUUUGCACUGCGGUGAAGACCAAAGCCUUGGGUCUCCAGAUUGACCUCUCAGUUUCCCUCAGCUUGCUUUUGAACUACUGUGGAAAGAAGGUUCCGUCUGGCUUCCAAUGCCCUGCUUGAAACCAAAUCCUUUCAUUUCCUUUUCUGGUUUCUUCUUCAAUUUUCCAUUUCAAUGUCGUGUUUAAAUAAUCAGUUUGGUCGUACGUCGUGUUAUGAUGGGUUUGGAAAUCUUCUCAGAAUUCCACCAUCUUUUUAUAGUUUCAUUACAAUGCAAUGUAACAUAAUGGUACGUAGUUUUUGCAAAUAAACAACGUU